AUGGCAACUUCCGCCUCAGUCGAAAUUGCAAAGGCGGCAAAGCAAGCAUUCGAGGCAUCGCAGCUCAUCCCGGCCGAAGAACGCGUCAAGGCUCUCCAUUCCAUUUGCAUUGCUCUCCAGGCCAAUAAAAAUGAAAUUCUUUCCGCAAACGCAGAUGAUUUGCAAGCUGCACAAGGAGAGGUUGACGCUGGCAGAAUGAGCGAGUCUAUGAUGAAAAGACUGGACCUGUCAAAGGGGGACAAAUGGGAUUCCAUGCUUCAAGGCGUCCGAGAUGUCGCUGCACUUCCAGAUCCGACCUCAGUGGUCACGUACGCUUCUGAGCUGGACGAUGACCUGGAAUUGUAUAGGGUGUCGUGUCCAAUCGGCGUCCUACUCGUCAUUUUUGAAUCGCGGCCGGAGGUGGUAGUGAAUAUCGCUUCUUUAGCAAUAAAAUCUGGCAAUGCUGCUAUAUUAAAGGGCGGAAAGGAAUCAACACGAACUGCUGUCCUUCUAUCGAAAGCAAUCUCAGAGGGCCUAUCGCAGACGUCUCUCCCUCAAACAUAUAUCCAGACAAUUCAAACACGCGCAGAGGUUUCUUCCUUGCUCGGACUAGACCAAUACAUAGAUCUAGUUAUCCCUCGUGGAAGCAACAGUCUCGUCAGAAACAUCCAAAACAAUACUCGAAUUCCUGUCAUGGGCCAUGCAGACGGUUUGUGUUCCGUCUACCUUGACGAAACUGCGGAUAUCGAAAAGGCAGUUCGAGUUGUCGUUGAUUCCAAGACUGACUACCCAUCAGCUUGCAAUGCUGCAGAAUUCCUCAUCGUGCACGAAUCUCUACUCAAAACAAUAUGGCCUGUGGUCGCACAAGCGCUGAUUGCAUCCAGAGUGCAUCUGCAAUGCGAUCCUUCUACGCUCGACGCUGUCAGGUCACUAGAGGACUUUGACGCAUUUGUCCAACCAGCAGACGAGUCUUCGUUUGCGACAGAGCAUCUAAGCCUUACAAUGUCCGUCACCUCGACUCCUUCCCUUCAGGAUGCAAUUCAAUUCAUCAACUCCCAUUCAUCACAUCACACGGACGUUAUCGUCACUGAAAAUGAACAGGCUGCAUCGGUCUUCACUCGCGGUGUAGAUUCCGCCGGCACCUUUGUUAACGCCAGCAGCCGAUUCGCAGACGGAUUCCGCUAUGGCUUUGGCACCGAGGUAGGUAUUAGCACGGGGAGAAUACAUGCCAGAGGACCCGUAGGUCUGGAGGGUCUGGUCAUCUACAAGUACAUGCUCAGAAGCAAAGCCGAAAAGGGUCAUAUUGUCGGGGAGUUUGGUGCUGGCAAAAAGUCCUUCAAGCAUAAAUCCAUAACCGCGAAAGCAGUCCCAUUUUAG